AUGGCCGACCGCAAGGACGCUCCCUCGACAACAGCUUCAGCGACAGCUCCGGCGCCAGCUAAGCCAGCACCAAAACCGAGAUCAACUACACGAAAAUCUACCGUAAUUGCCAAUCCGACCGUGUCAUCCGGCAGAACUACGCGUUCCCAGACCAAAGCUCUCGGCUUGGACGAUAUCAAUGUCAAUUUGAAAACAUUGGAGGCACGCGGGUUGUAUGUCUUUGAUACUAAGGGUGACGGCAAUUGUCUUUACUAUGCUCUCUCCGACCAAAUGUACGGUGAUUGGGAUCACGCGACCGAAAUACGCGACAAUUUGUCCGCCCAUAUGGAAGCAAACCGGGAAUACUUUGCAGGCUUUGCCGUGGCCCAGGGGGGAGAAAGACGAUCAAAGAGAACUGCAGCUGUACCACGAAGAAUAUACACUCCGUUGGCAAGUCCAUCGCCCACACCGACCGAAAUAGAAGACGCGUUUCAGGAUAUGGUCUCGCGUACUGCAACUAACUACAUCUGGGGCGGUGCCGAAGAGAUUCAAGCUUGUUGCCAAUAUUACAAACGAGACAUUCGGGUCUAUAGUGAAGAGCAUGUGCAGGAUUUCCGAGCUUGGAAUGCUCCGGAUGGCGAACUCCGUGACUUUUUGCAUCUUGCAUACAUUAAUAAUGUUCAUUACUCAUCAGUACGCAACGUCGACGGUCCACACGAAGGAUUACCGAAUGUCAAAGCGAAAGAGCCAACCAGCCCGGUGGUUCUCGAUCUUGAAACGGCCCAACUAUGGAAGAUCUCAUGCAUCCAAGAAGGAUUAGGAGGUCAAUACGAUCAUGAUGCGAUUGUGGAAAUGCUGCGUCGGUGCCGGGGAGAUAUCGAUCGUGCAUUUGCCAAUUUGUUAGAUGAAGAAACAUCCUCAGCUUCAUCAUUUGUCUCCUCGAUGACUUCGGCUGCAUCGUCUCAGACCUCAGUGGCAUCAUCUCAAACUUCAAUGGCAACAACAGCCAGCAUACCUAAACAACAACAACAACAACAACAACAACAACAACAACACACUAGUCAGUCACACAGUCACAACACAGGAGCAUUCAUCCCGAAUUUUAAGCCCCUUCUGAUGUCGUCUCGUUCCUCUUCUCGCAACAGUACAGCCAGCAAACGCUCUGCAGACGACAGUGAUGGCGAGCAUCCAAUUUCUGGUGUUCGGCAACGUGGACGGGAGCAAAAACGUCGAGUUCUACCAAAAGUGACAGUGGGCAUCAAUUUUGGCGACCAGGAAAAGCCGGAUUUGGUUUCCUUGCGGUUGCGAGUGAAUUCUAAUGCUGUGGCUGACGAAAUCAGUCCUACCCCCUCGCCUUUGGAAAAAUCAGAGCAACUCAAGACGGAACCGAAGCCAGUCGAGAGUCGCAAACUACGACCACGCAAACCAAGAACGAGUGUUGCCAGCGAAUCGGACAGCACUUCAACCAUUUCCAGCGAGUCCCCUAUUAUCAAAGCGGAGGAAUAA